GGCAACACGCUUUCAUUCCGUUGAUAGCACGCCUCGCCAUAGCACCUCACUCAUGGCGCCCGAAGUACAGAGGCGCCUGCAGCAGCGUAUACCCUUAUCCUUAGAUCCGCUUAUUACUGAAGCGCCUUCGCGCGAACCCUGAUCGAGGCCUCGGUUGUCUUCACGUUGCCGCUGCUUCUGAAAGUUAGCACAUGGCCUCAACUGCUUCACUUGUAGAACUCUAGCAUACUCAACAGCCUAAUUUUGCGAGUAUACGACAACACGAAAAUAGCCUCUUAUUCUUAGUUUCAUUUCUUGACCUCGCUUGUGCGAUCCUCGGUUGCACGCUGCCGCCGCUUCUGAAGUUAAGGAAACCGCCUGGAGCGCGUCAUUAGCGGUACUGUAGAAUACUCAACAGCCUGCUUUCGCUCCAGUGCGUCAAAUCGAUUACUCCCUAGCCACUCGCUGUCAUCCAAUCAGCAGAUGCCACAUGGCACAUCUGACGCACUUCAUGCUGCAGGUCCACGCCGAUUACGGAAGCCAGCAGUCCUCCCCCCCCUCAGUUACCUCCUCCCCCUCCCUCCUCACUCUCUCGCAACUCCUCGCCGCUCCGCGCGACCGCGCCGUCUUCCUCACCGCGGUGCGGCAACCACCCGACGCCGCGUCGCCAUCGUCGUCGGAGUACCUCAUCCGCGACCACGCGGCGCCACGCACUGCCACGUCAUCAGGGCCACCUGCCACGUCACCGUUCGGCCACGGCGAUUCGUUCCGAGUGGCAGGCGAGGUGGUGGGGUGCGUGCGGGGGAACUAUGGCGGUACGCACUUCAUCCUGGCGUCAUGCACGCCGCGAAACACGGCGACCGCGGACCAGUUCAGCUCAGGAGCUAGUAGCGGAUCGCACGGAACGGUUACCAGCGGCGGCGAGAUGCAGCGAAGCAGUAGUUACGACGACGUCACCCGACGCAGGCCGCAGGGGGGUGCGGGCGGCGGGCGCGGAAGCGGCAGGGGCGGAGAGGCUGACCUGACCGAGAGACGCGGAUCGGGGGAUGAGAAGUCGCCGCGCGGCAGUACCGAAAAUGUGGGUGCCGCUGCGGCCGGCGAGGGCAGUAGUCGCAAAGCCGGCAAGAUGGUUCAUCGCGAGAAGGGACGAUCGCUGUCGGUUGGCAAUUCGCUUUUCGCAAAAUCGCUUUCGCACGACGAAGCCCGUGCUGAUACGCCUUCCCGCCCCACCAGUAGUGCCGCAACACGCGCCGCAGGAAGCGCCGCGAUCGACGGGGAUGCGCGUUUGUCUGACUCCGUCGACGCGGCUCCCCGGCACGUGGCUUCCGCGCGAAUGGCGCUCCCGCCGCUGCUGAUCGGAUGGCUGCCCGCGAAGGGCGGCAAGGGCGGGGGAACAGGGGGAGAUGAAAUAGCGAGAGGAGGGGAAGGGGGAGGGGGAUGCGGGGGAGGCGGAGUAGGAGGGCGGGGAAGCGGAGGGGGAUGGUUGGCGUGGAGCGCGAGGAGAGGCGUGGGACUGGCGGGGGAGAAGGACGAGGGGCGCACGCGCGACGAGCAGCAGAUGAAGUCGCAGGGAGAAGAGUCGCAGAGGGAGGAGUCGCAGGGAGCAGAGUCGCAGAGCGAGGGGGUGGAGGGGGUGACGGGGAAAGGCAAGGCGCAAGCCGCGUUCGGCUUAUCCUUGGGCCAGGUAGGCCCACGUCCCCUUUACACGCAGACUCGCUUUAGUGUCGUGCUGAAGGCUCCAGUGUGGAAGCAAGCUCGAGUAACGCCGUGUGGGAUCGCCACCCCACCACCGCAGGUGACGGGUCUGCUGGCCGGAGGAAGCGCGAAGCUAAGCAGCGUGGAGUGUUCCAAUAACGAGGGCGCCAGGCUGAAUGGUGCAGACAGUGCGGUGUGUGACAAUAAGGAGGGCAAGGUUGCGCAGAAGCUCGAGAGCAGCAGCAGCCGGAGCAGCAGCUUCGCUGUGUGGCGGCCGUUCGCCCUCAAGGAUGGGGCCGGCGUGGGGCCCGUAGCCUUCAAGAGCAGCUUCCAUGGCGCCGCGCUCCCUUGGGGCAGCAGCAGCUGGCGAGCACGGGGGCACAGUGGCAGCGCAGAGGGGGGCGCGGGUGGGGAAGGGAGUGGUGGUGGUGCUGCUGCUGCUGCUGCUGGGACUGGUUGGGGCGGGGUUGCGGUGGCCGGUUGGGGGAGGGCCAGUGGCAGCAGCAGGAGGAGCGGGUGGGCGUGGUGGGAGGCGUGGGGGAGUGGAGAGGCGGGCGUGGGUGCAUACGAGGGGAAACAGAGCGGCGGAGCAGGGGAGGCGGGGGGGGGAGAUGGGGAGGGGGAGGAGAGUAACGUAUGUGGAGAGGCGGAGGGUAGGGGAGAGCGUGAGGAGCAUGGAGGGCGGAGCGAGGGAGCGGCGGUGGAGGGGGAUGCUGGGGAUGGGGGAAAGGGCGGGGUAGCGGACGCUGGAGCAGGCAUGGAGCGGGCAGGAGAAGGAUGCGACGGAGGGGCAGGCAGGAACGAAGGCACAGCAGGGACCGCAGGGGCGAGGGGCGCAGGUGGCGGAGGGGGCAGCGCUACGGCAAUAGAGCGCAUGCACGGGGCUGACCUGGCAACUGGCGGGUCCACUCUGGCGGGGGGGCCUGAACUGGGUGGGGUGGCAGAGGGGAUGCCGUGUGCGAAGGAGGGGUCAGCUUGCAGCGAGGACAGCUGCUACAGCGGCAGCAGCAGUGGCAGCAGCGGCAGCGGUGGAAGCAGCCCGGGCUGUGAGGAGCCGGAUGACUCGGUGGACGACACGGCAUGUUCGCAUGGCGGCUCACUGCUACGAGCAUCCGCCUCCAUGCCGGCUCUGCAGGGGGGGCAUCCCUCCCACCAUGCCCACGCCCAUGCGCACGCGCAAGCACCGCCCAUGGUUCUAACCGCGCGGGCUGCUGCUGCCCCUGUCAUACAACCGUCAGGCUCGUUCUCAACGGCAGCAGCAGCAGCAGCAGCAGCAGCAGCAUCACAAACUCAAGCACUUUCAAAGUCUGGUCCUCUGAUGGUGGCAUCACCAGCAGGAGGGGCGGCAGCAGGGGCAUCAGCAGGAGGGGCAGUUGUAGGGGCAUGUGCAUCCCUUGGUGGCAGUGUGAGAGGGGCGGGUGGUUCUGGCAGCAGGCGCAGCACUGGGAGCAGCACCGCCAGCACUGGCAGCAGCAGCAGCGGCAGCCUGCACCUGGUGGGCCGGGCGGAGGCGCUCAUCCGCUUCAUCGCCUCUCCUGCUGCCACACCCUCUGCUCCCACCGCGCCUCGCUUGUGGACCAACGGCGCACGCAGCAGCAGCAGCAGCAGCAGCAGCGGGGGAGGGUGGGUGAUGGAGUGCACGCUGCUGGCAGGGCUUGGGCGGACAGCGGGGCAGGGGGCGGGGGGAGGGGGAGGGAGUGGGGGUAGGGAGGGGCAGGCAGGCCAAGGUGGAGAGCAGUUUCGAAACGUGCAGCUGCUGGCUCAUGUGGGUGGCACUGCUGCUGCUGCCGGUGGUGGUAAUUGUUCUGACAAGGGUGGGUACGGUAGGAUCAGUGGCAGCGGUAGCAGCAGGAGAGCUGUUUUGGAGGUGCGGCUGGGAGGUGACGAGAAGGGAGAAAAGGUGGGGAAUGAGGCGGGGCCAGCGGGAGUGUGUGUGGUGCGGGUGGUGAGGAUGAGAGGAGGGCAAGGCGAGGCGGGCAGUGGAGGGGAGACAGCAGGGCGGAGCGCGAGUGCACCAGGAGCAAUGACGGCAGGUGCAGGUGCAAGUGCAACAACGGGUGCAGCAGCAGGGGCAGGCGAGGCAGCAGGCGGUGCAUUCGUGCUGUGGCUGGAUGCCACAGCGGUCUCCCCCUUGCAGGCCCUUGGCAUGUGCGUUGCAUGGCUUGACAGCGCUGCUGCCAGGCGUCCUGCUCCUGCCAUAUAGUCCGAAGGUGGAGCGCCGCUCAUCUAUGCACGGUUAGCCCUCGCAAGCAAUAGGCAUGUGCGUUGCAUGACUCGAUAGAGCUGUAGAGCUGCUGCCAGACGCCUUGUCGCACAGACAAAGAAUGGGUAGUCUAUGGGGGAAAGUCCUGCUCGUGUAUGUGCGUUCUAUAACUGGUUCUCUAGUUGCCACGGU